AUGUCUGUGACUUCCAAAUUUGUCUCGGAUGCUACUGUCCAGGAACAUGCCAGCAUUUGCAAAUCAGGAGCAGACUCGACGGUACGACCUGUUGCAGAGCAGCAGGACACAGAUCCGUCUGUGCACGCAGUCUCCUCCAAGAUCUUGGAUAUCAUCUUCGAAUAUGCCUUGAACAAAUUCAGUGACAGCAAAGAAAGGCUUGAGGCUGGUAGGCCGAAAUUUUUGUCCCUCGUGGGCAAGUUCGUGACUACUAAUACGAGAGUUGAGAUGUGCCUACCAGCAUUUCCUUUCAAAUCAGCAAACAAAGCCUACAAGGUUUUUGGCAUAUUACCCGACAAAGCGGAGGAGAUUGCUUUAGAUCGGCUCAAUACUAUGUGUAUCCGCAUUGGCGAGAUCUACCAGCCUGGCGCUCAAUGCACUAUCAUCUCAGAUGGCGUUGUCUACAACGACCUGUUGAGCAUUCCUGAUCGUGACACUUGGGCCUACGGGCAGGCUCUUCGAGAGUUAGCUUCUAAGAAAGGGUUGCAGCACAUAUCCUUUUCCAGGAUCCGAGACUUAGUCGACCUUCCUCUGCGAGCUGAGAUGCAUGAGAUUGCCUAUGUCGCCAAUGCGACUAAUUUCCGCCGAGCCCUUCUCAACCGCUUCGGUAAAGACGAUAUCGACAUUGACAAAGAGAUUGAGAAAGACCCUGACACCAAGAUGACUUACCUUGGAUACCGGCGGUUCCUUGAAUCUGAUCUGAAGCAUAUCUUUCCGGUUGGCAAUGGACGAACAGCAAACGCAUAUCGCAGAGAUGUGAGGUAUCUUGCGAAACAAAUGUUGAUCCGAGGUUAUGCCUUCGCUGCUGCUGUUAAGCACGGCUUCCCUUACCACCUGCGACUAUCUAUUCAUCAGUCUACUGGUGAGCACAAGAUAUCUAUGAGCUUGCUCAACACCAAGACGGGUUUCACUACACCGUGGCACUGUUGUGUUGCCCUGACAGCAAGCGGAGAAUGGACCAGUGCUCCAAAGGGAGAGUACCUGAAAGACCCAAAUAUGAAGAUUAUCCACGAGAAUGGUCGACCUAGCCAUUUCCAAGAGAUUGUUGGCAGUAACGAGCCUCAUCAAAAGGCUGAAACAGGGACCAGAGAGGUGAACAGAAGUGAGAGCCAAAGUAAUGCACCGCAUACUGAGCUUCAAGAGCCAGUAACCUUGUCCCUGACAGAGACAGAGAGAGAAAGGGUAGCUGCACUUGCGAGAUUCAUGAUGUCGGCUGACUUCAAGCAAAAUGACGAAAUGGUGAAGUCAGGUCAACCAGGUAUGGAUAAGGCCCUAGACUGCAACUCAAACGAGCUCAGCACAAUGGCAUGGCUCAAAGAGCUAAUAAAUGCCGUGGCCAGAGACACUGGAGGAUAUAAUGAAAAGGUCACUGGUGUGACUUAUCAAGAGAUACUAGUGAACGGCGCACACCAGCUUUCAAAUACCUAA